AUGGUAGAAGCAGCACACAUGGCAUCCAUUUGCGACGACACUCAAGACAUCAGUACCAUAUCAUGGCCCCUCCUCGCACAAGAAACAGCCUCUGACACGUCGCUUAGCAACCUCCUUCAACAGAUUAAACACGGAACGACAACUGCUGACAGCCGCGAUCCUGAUCUCGCAACCUUUGGGCCCAUCUGUGAUUCUAUCUAUGCACAUGAAGGGGUCCUCUUGUACCAGGAUCGCGUCAUUGUCCCCACCUCUCUCCGUCCCCGUGUUCUUCAGCACCUUCACGCAGCCCAACAAGGCACCUCGUCAAUGGAGCAACGUGCUCGCACAAUAAUCUACUGGCCAGGAAUGGCAAGGGACAUCCGUGCUAUCAGAGAACGCUGUUCAGACUGCAAUAGGAAUGCACCAUCACAAGCUGCCACCCCUCCCCUACCAUCGCCGCCACCGUCUACCCCGUUCGAGGCGGUCUUUGCCGACUUCUUCGACUACUUGGUCGCUGGCGACCGCCUCUCAGGGUGGGUAGAAGUGUUCAGUUCAAAAGCGGGGACCACCCUUGCAGGCGCUGCAGGCCUGACUCGCCAUCUACGCUCCCUCUUUGCCACGUUCGGCGUACCGGAAGAGCUUUCCAGUGAUGGGGGACCCGAGUUCACAGCAGGGGUCACACAGGACUUCCUCCGAGCAUGGGGCGUACGCCACCGUGUGUCAUCCGCGCACUUCCCCCAGUCUAACGAACGGGCAGAGGUGGCCGUUAAAACAGCCAAGCGCCUCCUUAUGUCAAACACUGGUCCGACGGGUAGCCUCGACCAUGACCGUUUCCUACGCGCUAUACUGCAGCUACGCAACACACCUGACCCAGACUGCAACGUCUUGCCCGCUCAGAUUAUCUUCGGUCGCCCCCUGAGGGACACACUCUCUUUCGUCAACAGACUAGAGAAGUUCUCCAACUCUCACGUCAGACCACUCUGGCGCGAGGCGUGGGCUGCCAAGGAAGACGCCCUCCGGUCCCGUAUCACGCGUACUGCUGAGACACUGAAAGAACAUUCGCGCCCACUCAGACCGCUUGCCGUCGGCGAGAGGGUCUUCCUCCAGAACCAGCAAGGAAGAAACCCCAACAAGUGGGACAGGUCGGGAGUUGUAGUUGAGUCUCCAGGCCACGACCAGUACCGUGUCAAGGUUGACGGGUCCGGACGCCUAACCCUACGCAAUCGUCGAUUUCUACGGGCUUACACUCCAGCCUCUCCAGACAUCAAGCCACCGCCCGCGGUAGCAACACCUCCACACCAACCUUGUCACACAUCAGAGCAGCGACAACGGUCUCAACGCCCCCCAGCCCUGUCCCCACAAAGGACACCCACGACGACGCCCUCGCCAUCUGAGUUGGGAUCACCAGAAAAGUCUCCCUUCGCGGACUCUGAUCCAGUGGGUCCCGCAGCUCCCGCCCGCCACCCUCACUACAGCCCUGCCGAGUCGGCGUGUGCACCACUUCCCAACGAAGAGCCUUCAGUGUCCCCUCCGCAACAGGAGAAGGCAGUUGCACUCCCCACGUCCAUGCCGCGCACGCCGACCGCCAAAACGUUUCGAACCCGAGACUGGUCAAUGGUACGAGCCGUAAGCCGUCCAUCUACGUUCGCCCGUAGCCUCCCGGACUGGGGGGGGUGAUGUAGAGAUUACCGCUGACUACUCUCGUUCCCAGGACUAUGGGACGGGUGGAAAAAACAAGAUGGCGGCCUAAAGUUGACUUCACGAACUAUACACCGCUUCACUGGGUGUAAUCCACCGGUUUUUACCCAUUUAUAGUCAACGACUUCAACAUCUUUGUCAAUAAAUCGAGUUGUCAUCGAGGAGUAUUUAUCUUCAAACUGUGAUCCGUUGUUUUCUGUUGCUCAAGUAAGAGUGGAACCAGCAAAGAAGGGAACCAGAAAUGCCGAAACUGUGCUCCAGUUUGUAGAGAAGUGCGGCAUGGUCCACCUUGUCGAAUGCUUUCGACAUGUCCAUGUAGAUGACG